AUGAAGAGACCAAAUACUGACAUUCCUCCGAUGCCCACAAAUGGGCGUUUUGAUGUUAAGUCAGUGGCGAAACUGAUCAAGCGGAGAUGCAAUGGAACGACGACGACCAAUGCCAAUAAUUUCUGUGAGGCCUCUACGAAAAUACGAACCAGAGUAGACAAUCAUCGUAAUCGAUUUUUAAGUCCUAGUCGUUUGUCAGGGAAUUUAAUACGACUCCGACUACUCUACUUUACCUCGUCUAAGAUCUGGCCUUGA